GUAGUUUGAACUAGUCCCAUCAGAGGGCAGUCUCUCUUUUGGUACUAGCGUUCAUUCUGCUGUACUGGUGUAUUUUCUAAAGUUUAUAAAUUAAUUGAUGCCAAUGUAUGAAGGAUUCGGAUACGGAGGUGAAAAAGAAGCCAUCGUUCUUGAUAUUGGCGCUGCUUAUACAAAAAUUGGUUUUGCAAACGACUGCUCUCCAAGGUCGAUAGUUCCAACCGAAAUUUAUGAUAAGCAAACAAAAACUAAACUUCGAAUUUUUGAUAUUAAAAACAAUGAAACUUUGAAAGCAAGUCUUCUUGUUUUCCUGAAAAAAAUUUACUUGAGACACCUGCAAGUUAAUGCUAAAGAUAGAAGAGCAGUUAUUGUUGAAAAUAUCAUCGGACCUAUUGAUUUUCGAAAGCUUAUAGCAGAUGUUCUCUUCAAACAUUUUGAAGUACCAAGUUUACUUUUCGCACCAAGUCAUUUAAUUAGUUUGAUGCCAUUAGGCAUAUCAACUGGGUUAGUUUUGGAUUGCGGAUAUAAAGAAACAAUAGUAAUUCCGGUUUGUGAUAAUACCCCUGUCUUAAAGGCAUGGCAAGCAUUACCAGUUGGAGGGAAAGCUAUACACAACCGAAUCAGAGAAAUGAUCAAAGAGUUUGCCAUUGUACGAGAGGGAAAUAAUGAAAUGCCUGCUUCAAAUCUACCUUCUGAUGUUCUAACUGAAGAAAUAUUAGAGGAUAUUAAAGUGCGAUGCUGCUUUAUUACACGUCUGGAUAGAGUAAAUGAUCCUGAUAUUGAGCAUCCCUCAGAGACUAUUUAUCCGUUACAAGGUUCAAGAAUUUUGGUUAUUCCAGGAAAGAUUAGAGAAAUGGCCUGUGAAGUACUCUUUCAGUUGGAUGGGGAGGAGAAAAAUAUAGCUUCCCUACUUCUUGAAGCUUUAACGCUUUCCUCAAUUGAUAAUCGACGCAAUUUAAUGGAAAAUAUUGUUCUGGUUGGAGGGACUUGUCAAUUAACUGGAUUUAGGCAAAGACUUAUGGCUGAACUGAAGAAUUUAGCAUCAACAAAUAACAAGUAUACAGACUCGAUUCAUUUAUCCUCCUUUAAGUUUCAUACAGCUCCUAUUUAUGAAAAUUGCACGGCGUGGUUGGGAGGUGCUAUGUUUGCUGGCCUACAAGUUUUACCUAAUCGAUCAACAGCAAGAGAAAAGUACUUAGAAAACGAAGUUUUAAUGGAUUGGUCCGAUCCCAAGACAUAUGAAAAUUAA